GGCCAUUAGGGUGACCAACAGCAUCCCCUUCACUUCAAACGCCGAAAGCUUCAAAACCCCCACAAUGUCGUCUUCUUCAUCAAUGGAGUCCUUAAUCCUGCAACUCCACGAGAUCUCCGCCGUCAAGUUCGGCUCAUUCACUCUCAAAUCCGGCAUCACCUCCCCUAUCUACAUCGACCUCCGCUUAAUCGUCUCCUACCCAAAACUCCUCCAACUCAUCUCCGACACCAUCAUCUCCACCCUCCCUAAAACCACCACCUUCGACCUCUUAUGCGGCGUCCCCUACACCGCCUUACCCAUCGCCACCGUCAUCUCCACCACCACCAACACCCCCAUGUUAAUGCGCCGCAAAGAGAUCAAAACCUACGGCACCGGAAAAGCCAUCGAAGGGGUCUUUCUUCCCGACCAGACGUGUCUGAUUGUCGAGGAUUUGGUGACCAGUGGGACGUCUGUGAUUGAGACGGCGGCGCCCUUGAGGGCUGCUGGGUUGAAAGUUACGGACGUGGUGGUGUUGAUUGAUCGGGAACAGGGUGGGAGAGAGAAUUUGGCGGGAGAAGGGAUUGUGUUGCAUUCGAUGGUGAAGUUGAGUGAGAUGGUUAGGGUUUUGAGGGAAAAAGGGAAGGUUAGUGAAGAGACUGAGGCUAUGGUGGUUAAGUUUUUGGAGGAGAAUAAGAGGGUUGCAGCUCCGGCGAGUGCAGUUCCGGCGAGUAAUGUUAGGGUUUCGUUUGGGGAGAGGGUGAAAUUGGCUAAGAAUCCAACGGGGAAGAAGCUGUUUGAGGUUAUGGUGAAGAAAGAGAGUAAUUUGUGUUUGUCUGCUGAUGUGAAUACUGCUGCUGAGUUGCUUGCACUUGCUGAUAAGAUUGGACCAGAGAUAUGCAUGUUAAAAACUCAUGUGGACAUAUUGCCCGACUUUACCCCUGAUUUUGGAUCCAAGCUUCGCGCGAUUGCAGACAAACAUAAUUUCCUUAUUUUUGAAGACCGUAAAUUUGCCGACAUUGGCAACACAGUAACAAUGCAGUAUGAAGGAGGUAUUUUCCGUAUAUUGGAGUGGGCAGAUAUAGUGAACUGUCACAUUAUUUCAGGUCCUGGAAUCGUUGACGGGUUGAAGUUAAAGGGUUUACCUCGUGGAAGAGGGUUACUGCUACUCGCCGAAAUGAGUUCAGCCGGUAACUUUGCUAAAGGAGAUUACACAGCUGCAGCAGCGAAAAUCGCAGAAGAGCAUUCCGAUUUUGUGAUCGGAUUCAUCUCGGUUAACCCCGCAUCGUGGCCGACGGGCCCGUCUAAUCCCGCUUUUAUCCACGCAACACCCGGUGUUCAGUUGGUUAAAGGUGGUGAUGCAUUGGGCCAGCAAUAUAACACCCCAAAUUCUGUAAUUGGUGAAAGAGGCAGUGAUAUAAUCAUUGUGGGUCGUGGAAUCAUAAAAGCCGAUAAUCCUGUUGAUGCCGCUCGUGAGUACCGUGCACAAGGUUGGAACGCGUAUUUAGCUAGUUGCAAGUGAGUUGAGCGUGGGUUUUUUUUUUUAUAUAAAUAACGGCAUGUUUCUGUUGUGGUGGUUAUGAACAUGUAUUGAAACUUGUCAUCAAGUUUGUGUAGUGCAUCUGGAUGCAUUACAUCGUCCGAAACUGUUCAGUGGGAAUUUUAAUCGCGCUUGGGCCGUUUAAUUUAUCAUAGUUUAAGUUUGGCUUGUUUUA